UUUAAGCUCCGGAACCCAGUCUCACCUUCAAAGUCCCAGAGUCUAUUUACCAUGCUAGGAGGGAAGAAGGUUCCAGAGGAAAGUGUUUCGGGUGGGCCACAGAAAGGAGAUGACCCUCCGCUGGUUGUCCACCCAACUUUGGAGACACCGUGUGAUGGGUCUCCUGCUGGCUUUGUGUGUCACCUUGUUUCUCAUGCUCCUGGCUACUCAGUCAUUGCAGCAUCCAAGCCACUAUGCUGGGCACAAGGGCCAUAAGGUGGAGGAGAGGGGAGCACUUUCCGACAAUGCUCUUCCAAACACCCCUGUACCAUCCCACACUGGCCCUAACAGGAGGAAGGCGGUUCAGACACCCAAUCUGCAGCAUCAAAGUGACCCCAAUGGGUACACCUUUAUGAGGACAAGGAGGAGCCCUCCACCUGUAGCUUUCCUCAAAACACACAAGACUGGAAGCAGCACUGUUCAGAAUCUGAUGUUCCGCCUUGGGGAGAAGGAGAACCUCACUUUCGCCUUCCCCUAUUACGCAUACCAGUUCAGCUACCCAGAUAGGUUUCGAGCAGACUUUGUAGAUGAGCUGCCACCGGGUUCCUCUCAGUUCGACAUGCUCUGCAGCCACAUGCGGCUGGACCUGGGACAGGUGAAACAGGUGAUGCCAAGGAACACCAUCUAUAUCACCCUGCUGCGUGAUCCUCUACAGACCUUUGAGUCCAUUUUCAGCUACUACACUUCCACUGUACCCGCCUUCACUCUAGCCAAAAAGGCAGCCGACACAGCUAACAGGAAGUCCGCCCUCUCUGUCUUCCUGGAGGCCCCAGAGUCCUACUGGGACCCUACAGAACCUGGGAAUGGCCUAGCCAGGAACCCUAUGAGCUUUGACCUGGGCCUCAGCAGCCAAGAGUGGAACGCAUCCUGGCCCAUGGAGCUGACUCAGCUGGAGGAGGCCUUCCAGCUGGUGAUGAUCGCUGAGCACUUUGAUGAGUCUCUGGUUCUCCUGGGGGCUCUGCUGCAGCUGGAGCCUGAGGAGCUGGCCUAUGUGCACCUGAACGUCCGCGCCCCAUCGGACAUCACCCCACUGGAGGACGACACCAAGGCCAGGCUCUCGGCCUGGAACAGUCUGGACGUGCUGCUCUACAACUUAUUUCUGCAGGUGUUCUGGGAGAAAGCUGAGCAGUAUGGCCUGGGGAGACUGAAAAGGGAGGUGGCCCUACUGAGGGCCUCCACACAGAGGCUCAGACAGAAGUGUGUGGCCAGAGAAGGAGUCCCCCCUGGUGAGCUGGAGGACCUGGUCAGGCCCUGGCAGACCGACACAGUCACCAUCCUGGGAUACAAGGUACGAGGGAACCUGACUCUGCAGGAAGAGGGGCUCUGUGUGCGACUAGUGCUGCCUGAGCUACAGUACCACUCUCACCUGUAUUUCCAGCAGUAUGGCCAUGACAUGAGGUCCAUACCUACAGACUAAUGUGCAGCACUUUCCCUUUUAGAUACUACACCACUCAGUAUUUCUGCUUUUGAUGUACUUUUUCAAUAAACCAAAAAUACUAACAUUG